ACCUGUAUCAAUUUUCACUUCAACCAUCAUCAACUUCUGGUCAUUACUACUCGCUCUCUGCAUUAAAUAAUUUGAAAUGGAACUCUGCAAAGUGCUCUUGACCUUUGCUUCUCUGGUCGUCGCGACAUCGGCGGCAGAUUGGCCACUCCCAUCGCCGGAAAAGACUUACCUCGUCCAAAACAGUGAGGAUCAUGGGCUGCUCCUCGUCCCCCAAGGUUCGGGAGAGAUGUGCAAACGACUCAGCCCAGUGUCCACUACGACCGAAUUUUCCGCACCGUACGACGAUAAGUACAAGUGGACCGUGACUGCUCCAUUUAAUUUCACCGAAGGUGUCAUCAUUUACUCGAAACGUCAAGAAUCCGGUUACAUGAUCAACAACCUGACCAAUGAUGAAAGCUACCCUCCAUACUGCUACCUCAUGUUUAGGCAUGUCAAUCUUAUUCCACGAGAAGGCUUCGGGGCAAUGUUUUCCAUUCAAGAUGUCAACUCCAGGAUGUGCCUUGCUUCCAGUGGCUUAAACAAUGGAGCACCACGUUGGCAAUCAUGCGAAGAAGUGGCUGCGCAGAUUUGGGCCUUUAUCGAAGCUCAGUAAUUUUAUCCAGGACUUGUCAAUUUUAAUCUUUUAAUCAAAAUUAAAAACCAAUAACUUACUGUACAUUUCGAUUAAUAAAUUUGGUAAACAUUCAGCAGCAUAA